UUUACAAAUGACAGUUCACUUAACUGUUUUCAGAUGAGCACAGUAUAUUGUUUAACACUGCAAAGAUUUGGUUUAUUAUCAAUGCCAUGCUAAAAAAAAAUGGCUUAAUAAUUUACUGCACUCUUGUAACCAGUAUCUAACCCAUCACAGAGUAACACACUGACCUUUAUAAUCCUGUGUAGUUUAUUAACACUCCUAUAAAGCGAAGUCUCAACCUUACAGAUCUUCAGUCUGUUUUGUGAAAGAGACUAUGUAAGAUAUAGCUCGAAUUAUCAGGGAUCUGCUAUAAUGUCAUCACCUGUGGAUGUUAUCGUGGUUGGAGCUGGUAACAGAGGAGAAAACUAUUCUAAUUAUGCUGUGAUUUUUCCUGACCAAAUGCGGGUCGUAGGAAUUGCUGACCCCAGGGAUUUUGCUCGAAAGAAACUUCAGGCACGUCACAAAGUAGCUGAUGAAAACACUUUCAAUGAUUGGCAUUGCAUAGUAGAGAGAGAGAAAUUUGCAGAUGCUGUAUUGAUCUGCACUCCUGAUCGUCUUCACAAGGACCCUGCUGUGGCUUUAGCUAAGAAAGGCUACCAUGUAUUGCUGGAAAAACCAAUGGCUGUUACAGAGGAGGAUUGCACAGAGAUUGUAGAGGCUUGCAUUCAGAGUGGUGUCAUGCUCACAGUGUGCCAUGUUCUCCGAUACGACCCUGUCAUCCACAGAAUUAAAGGGCUGAUUGACAGCGGAGUGAUUGGCGAUGUCUUCCACAUUCAACAUCUGGAACCAGUGGGGUUCUAUCAUUUUGCUCACUCCUUUGUCAGAGGGAACUGGAGAAACGAGGCGGAAAGCUCUUUUGCUCUGCUAGCCAAAUCAUGCCAUGAUUUGGAUCUGAUUCAUCACUGGGCUGGUGGACGAAGGUGUAUCAAAGUUUCAUCAUUUGGGUCUCUUAGCCACUUCACAAAAGAGAACAAGCCAGCAAAUGCUGCAAAUCGCUGUAUAGACUGUCCUGUAGAGGGGGAUUGUGCAUACUCGGCAAAGAAAAUCUACUUGGAUCAAGUGAAAAGAGGGGGUGUUGGCUGGCCAGUGUCGGUGAUUUGCUCCAACUCAGUUCCUGAUAUUGAAUCUGUGACUGAAGCCCUCAGAACAGGACCUUACGGCCGCUGUGUGUAUGAAUGUGACAACGAUGUGUGCUCAAAUCAGGUAGUGAACAUGGAAUUCGAAGGAGGUUUGACUGCUGCAUUCACCAUGGUAGCAUUUACAGAGGAAAUAUGUUUACGCAAAACAUCUAUCCAUGGUAGUAAGGGGGAACUUUCCUACGAUGGAUAUGAGAUCAAAGUGUUCGACUUCCUUACUAGAAAGACCACAAAAUACACCGCAGACAUGAGCGUUCCAGGUAACUUUGGUACUGGGGGUCACGGGGCAGCAGAUUAUCACCUUAUUGACUCCUUCAUUGCAGCUGUGAAGCAUAAGGACCCAUCUCGGAUUAGGUUAGGUCCUAAGGAGACAUUAGCAAGUCAUAAACUAGUGUUUGCUGCUGAAUGUGCCCGUAUGGAAAGCAGAGUUGUGUUCUGUGGGGACCCAUGUGAUGGAGAGAGCAGAUAAAUGUGUACUGUAUAUAUUAGAAAACCAAAUCUGCACAGUGUGGAUUUAUUUUAUAUUUCACUACAUAUUCACAGUGUCUUUGUUGCUCUAGACACCACUUUCAAUCUUUUGUCAGUUAUUCUGUGAUUUUAGAAAUAGACCAACUGUGUCAAAUGUGUUGUCUGUUUUAUUCAGAUGAAUUAUAAAACAACAGUAAAUGUUGAAUCACAUUUCUUGCAUUUUAUGUAUUAAAGAUACUUGAAAUAUUAAUGUAAAACCUUACAUUUACCUAGAUUAAGUUAUGCCAUCAGAUUGAUUAUGUGCAAUUAUUAGUUACCGAAAUAAAAAUCAUGAUAUGUUGUCCCUUUU